AAUAGAUCUUGACGUAGACUGGUCUUAAAAUACUAAUUUAGCACGAGAGAAUUAGAAAGGGCUAUAUGUGCCUUUGUGUUUCAAAGCGGAUAUAGAUGGACCUUUAAUUCCAUUGGACCAAAUAGAAGAAAACAAAAAGGUAUCAAUGGAGGGCCCUUUGUUGACCAAGAGUGGGCACAACGUCGAUGACGUUACAAUCCAUGGCGAUUCUUCCUCGAAUGAUGAGCACAUCGUCGACAUAACAAUCAAUGGCAAUUCUGAUGAGCAAACACCACGUGAGAGUGUUCAAUGGAGUGUUCAAUCCACAAAUCGAUGUGUUUGGAUUUUGGUCGAGUUUGUUAUGACUUUGUUCCAGAUUGUUGCAGCCAUAUUUUUUUGUACUCUGACAAAAGAUGAACAGAAUCCAGAACUAGAAGAAUAUUGGUUUAUAUGGAUCAUCGGUUAUACUUGUGCCUCUAUUGCCACUCUUCCUCUUCUAUGUUGGCGUUUAUGGCAUUGCUCAGAGACGAGAACCAACGAGAGGAUGGACUUUUUGGAAAAGAUGCUUGCGUAUUUCUUUGUGGGUUGGAUUGUGAUGUUUUUGUGGUAUUUUCUUACCGAGUUAUCAUCAUGUCUAGAUGAUACUACUCAAAACUUUUGGUUAUGGAUGGCUCUACUUGCUUUCAGUUGCAUUCGAUAUGUGCUCCCUAACCUCGAAUUUUCAGUAAAGUCCUUCGUGUGGCCGGUGAAAUUCUGUUUUAAUCAAAUUUGGGAAUUCUUUGAAAAAAUGAUUACGGGGAUCGGUAUACUCUGCUGGUGUAUCGAGGUGGACGACUAAUAAAAAUAAUGGAUCAUGUCGAUUUCUUCAACAAUUGUUGUAAUACUCUAUGAUCCUGUUUAUUUGGUAGUGGUUGCGAUCAACCACAUAUUUUGUUCUUCCUUUAGUAAUCGCUAUGUUGUUCAGUUAUUUAGAUAUCAUAUCAUUUUUGUUGUUCAUUUGUCUUUUAGUGUGAUUGGUUGAUGCAACUCGUCGUUAUCUCAUUCAUUUUGUCAUGAUGCGAUUGGUCACUGUGCUGUU